UCAACAAAAACCAUUCAUCCUCAAAACUUUCUCCCGCGCCCCCACGCACGACGCCCACAAGCACCAAACCCGCCAUCCUGCGCGCACAAAGCUGGGCUUGUGCGCGCACCAACCCCUUCAUGGCCCGUUCCCACUCACCCUGGGCUCUUCCAAUCAUCUUCUUCGUCGUAGUCUUCAUCAUUGAUAUCCACGUAGUGGUAAUGGCGGCAUCUGCUUCAUCAGAAUCAAACACCCUUCUCAAAUUUAAAGCCUCCAUAGCUAAAACCACAGCGUUAGAUAGCUGGAAUGCGUCGACGAGCCCUUGCACGAGUUGGGUCGGCGUCCGGUGCAUUGAAGGGACUGUGCGUGGAUUGCAACUUGAGAACAUGGGUCUAUCAGGAACCAUUGACGUGGAAAGCCUCAUGGGAUUACAGUUCUUAAGGUCUAUAAGCUUCUUGAACAAUAGCUUCAAUUGUCCAAUUCCUAGUAUAUGGAAGCUUGGUGCAUUGAAAUCGGUGUAUCUAUCGGAAAAUCAAUUCUCCGGUGAGAUUCCGGACGAUGCAUUUGAAGAGAUGGGGUCUUUGAAGUUUUUGUAUUUGGCAGAUAAUAAAUUAACGGGUAAGAUUCCAUCAUCACUUGCUAAGUUGCCUAAGCUUUUGGAAUUAGAACUGGAUGGGAACAAGUUUGAGGGAAAUAUUCCAGAUUUCCAGCAGAAGAAUUUGAGAUUGGUGAGAGUAGCAAACAAUCAAUUGGAGGGUCCAAUUCCGGCAACUCUGAGCAAUAUGGAUUCAAGCUCUUUUGCAGGCAACAAGGGACUGUGUGGGGCGCCUUUGGGGGCCUGUGAAACCCCCAGUAAGAAGUCAUCUUCACUUCCGAUCAUUAUCGCUGGAUUUGUGGCAGUAGUAGUAGUUGCCGUGUUGGUUGUUGCCGUAGUUGCAGUUUCUACACGCCGGAGAAGCCGGCAAACGGAGCAACUAGGUCGGCCGUCGUCGAUAAGUAGCCGAAAAAAGGUUGUAGCUUUCCAAGAUGACCAAAUGGAAACUAGGUCACAAGAUCACUCUACCACUAGUAGUAGUAAAGGAGAAAAUGGGAGGUUGACCUUUGUGAGGGAUGAUAGAGAGAGGUUUGAAUUGCAAGAUUUGCUUAGAGCAUCAGCUGAAGUAUUGGGCAGUGGAUCUUUUGGGUCUUCUUAUAAGGCUGUUCUGACUAGUGGGAAAGCCAUGGUUGUGAAGAGAUUUAGGCAUAUGAAUAAAGUGGGUAGGGAAGAUUUUCAAGAGCAUAUGAGAAGGCUUGGGAGAUUGAGACACCCUAAUUUGCUUCCUCUGGUGGCUUACUACUACAGGAAAGAAGAGAAGCUAUUGGUAUCUGACUUCAUUGGAAAUGGCAGCUUGGCUUCUCGCCUUCACAGCAACAGGACAGAAGACCAGCAAGGGCUUGACUGGCCAAUCCGCCUGAAAAUCAUCAAAGGAGCAACAAGUGCUAUGGCUUAUCUCCAUAAGGAACUCCCUAGCUUGAGUGUCCCCCAUGCUCACCUCAAGUCCUCCAAUGUGAUCCUAAAUGAAUCCUGUGAGCCCCUCCUAACAGACUAUGGCCUACUUCCUGUGGUGAACAAUGAGCAUGCUGCACAAAUCAUGGUGGCAUACAAGUCACCGGAGUAUGCAGAACACGGCGGCGGGCGCGUGACGAAGAAGAGUGAUGUAUGGUGCCUUGGGACACUGAUAUUGGAGCUAUUGACUGGUAAGCUUCCCAUGAAUUAUCUAAAACAAGGUAAGGGGAAUUCUCAUCAAGAACCAGAUUUGGCCAGUUGGGUUAACUCAGUUCCAAGGGAAGAAUGGACAGGAGAGGUUUUUGACACUGAGAUGGCAGGGACAAGGAAUGGUGAAGGAGAAAUGAUGAAGCUUCUGAAGAUUGGAUUGAGUUGUUGUGAAGUUGAUGUGGAGAAAAGAUUGGAUUUGGAUGAAGCAGUGGAGAAGAUUGGAGAGGUGAGAGAGAGGGACAAUGAUGAUGGCUUCUCAUGUUCAUAUGCUAGUGAAGACAUGUACUCUGCCAGAGAAGAAGAUUUCUCUCAUUCUAUGAAUAGAGAAUAGUUUGAAUGGUGUCUUGGGGGCUUGGUUUGGUUUGGUUUGGUUCAUUUGAUUUAUUUAUAAUUUUGAAAAAAUUUGGUGGGAACUGGUGUAAAAUGUUUAGUAAUCUCCAUAGGUUUUAAAACUUCAUGAAUUAGGAGUUUGGUUAUAGAAAAAUGAACACUUUAUUAAUGCUUA